GUGAUUAUACGGCAAAAUAUUGGAAAAAUUAUUAUCUUUACAACAAGACAAUUAGCUUUUCUUAUUCUGAUGAUGAACGAAUUCAACUCGCGUCCAAGUUAUUUAAAGCAGCAGUAGACAAGGAAGGCGUUUUUCGCUGCAUAAUUUGUAUUAUUACUGUAAAG